AUGUUUGUGCUCCAUGAGCUUCUGCAACUAUGUGCAAAGAGGAGGUCCCUCCUGGUUGGGAAAAGCUGCCAUGGGCUAGCCAUUCAUUUUGGUCUGGUAACAGAUACUGUCACAUGCAAUAUUCUAAUCAACUUGUACACAAAAUGUGGUCGGAAUGAUUGCGCUCGUCAUGUUUUUGAUGCAAUGCUUGCCAGAAGCACAAUCUGUGCAUGUGCUGCAAAAUAUGCUAUCAAUGAUUGCAAGCAAUUACACGCCAUUGCAAUCAAGCUUGCAUUGGACGUAAACAGCUUUGUUGGGACAGCGAUUCUAGAUGUUUAUGCAAAAUGUAACAUGAUUAAGGAUGCCUGCUGGGUUUUCGAGAAGAUGCCUGAUAAAACUUUAGUUACAUGGAGUUCAUUGUUUGCAGGAUAUGUGCAGAAUGGCCUUCACGAAGAAGCAUUAUGUUUAUUUCGGAAUGCGCAAAGGGAAGGAGUAAAAUUGAGUGAAUUCACUCUCUCUGCUAUCAUUAGCGCAUGUGCAAGCUUAGCAUUGAAAAUUGAAGGGACACAACUGCAUGCAGUUAUUGUGAAAUGUGGUUUUCAUGGGAACUUCUUUGUGGCAGCAUCUCUUGUGGAUGUGUAUGCAAGGUGUGGCCAGAUUGAAAAAUCUUACGCACUAUUUGCUUAUAUGGAACAGAAGAAUGUUGUCAUAUGGAAUGCAAUGAUUGCUGGUUUUUCGAGGCAUGCCCAUUCUUGGGAAGCUAUGAUUCUCUUUGAGAAAAUGCACCAGUUAGGUAUUUUUCCGAACGAAGUUACCUAUCUCUCCAUGUUGUCAGUGUGCAGUCAUGCAGGUUUAGUUGAAGAGGGUCGCCACUACUUUAACCUGCUAAUGUCUGAUCAGACUGUUGAACCUAAUGUCCUUCACUAUUCUUGCAUGGUUGAUGUUCUGGGUCGAUCUGGGAAGACUGAUGAGGCCUGGGAAUUGAUUCACAAAAUGCCAUUUGAACCAACUGCUUCUAUGUGGGGAUCUUUGCUAGGGUCAUGCAGGAACCACAACAAUAGUGGGUUAGCCAGAAUAGCUGCGGAACAGCUUUUCCAACUUGAGCCUGACAAUGGAGGGAACCAUGUUUUGCUCUCAAAUGUAUAUGCUGCCAGUGGGAACUGGGAGAAUGUUCUAAUGGCAAGGAAAUAUUUGAAGGAUAGUGGUGCAAAGAAAGAAAUUGGCAGGAGUUGGAUUGAAGCAAAGGGCAAAAUCCAUGUCUUUGUUGUUGGAGAGAGAAAGCACCCAGCAAUCACUGAUAUCUACAAUAAGUUGGAGGAAAUUUAUCACGAUAUGAGAAAAUUUGCUCACAUGACCAAAAUAGAAUGCGAUCUGCAUGAUGUUCAUGACGACCAAAAAGAGGAGCUGCUUAAACACCAUAGUGAGAAGUUAGCACUUGCUUUUGGGUUAAUCAGCUUGCCUCCUAAUAUACCAAUUAUAAUACACAAGAACCUUAGGAUAUGCGGGGACUGUCAUUCAUUCAUGAAGGUUGCAGCCCAUAUUACUGAACGUCUAUUCAUUGUCAGAGAUGUCAAUAGAUUUCACCAUUUUAAGGAUGGCUCAUGUUCUUGUGGGGACUUUUGGUGA